GAGGAGAGGAGGAGGAGGAGGGCCGGGGCUGCGCUGGGUGACAUCAGUGGGUUUGGCUCCGGGGCUCAAUGGAAACUGGGUGAGCGCCGGGCUGUGCCGAGCACACGCCGGCUGGAGGGGACGGCGAGCGGGCGGGGAGGCGGCAGGCAGCGCCGCGCCGCGCCGAGCGAAAGGAGGGACCGAGCCGGGCACGGCCGCCGCCAGCCCUCCCCAAUCCUCCGUCAUCCUCCCCUCCGCGGCCGCCUGGCCCCCUGACAGCCGGCGGAGCAGCAGCCCCACACGGCCCCCUUCCCGCCUGGCACGCCUGAACCAUGGAGCUUCGAGUGGGGAACAAAUACCGGCUGGGCAGAAAGAUCGGCAGCGGUUCGUUUGGAGACAUUUAUCUAGGAGCCAAUAUUGCAACCGGUGAAGAGGUGGCCAUCAAACUGGAAUGUGUCAAAACCAAGCAUCCCCAGCUCCACAUCGAAAGCAAGUUCUACAAGAUGAUGCAAGGAGGAGUGGGUAUCCCCUCCAUUAAGUGGUGUGGAGCGGAGGGGGACUAUAACGUGAUGGUGAUGGAGCUCUUGGGGCCGAGCCUGGAAGAUCUCUUCAACUUCUGUUCCCGCAAAUUUAGUCUCAAGACAGUUCUGCUCCUAGCAGACCAGAUGAUUAGCCGUAUUGAGUACAUCCAUUCCAAGAACUUCAUCCACCGGGACGUGAAGCCAGACAAUUUCCUUAUGGGGCUUGGCAAAAAAGGCAACUUAGUAUACAUCAUCGAUUUUGGCUUGGCCAAGAAGUACCGAGACGCCCGGACCCACCAGCACAUCCCUUACCGGGAAAACAAGAACCUGACCGGCACGGCCCGUUACGCCUCUAUCAACACCCACCUGGGAAUCGAACAAAGCCGCCGCGAUGACCUGGAGAGCCUGGGCUACGUGCUCAUGUAUUUCAACCUGGGCUCGCUGCCCUGGCAGGGCCUCAAGGCUGCCACCAAGCGCCAAAAGUACGAGAGGAUCAGCGAGAAAAAGAUGUCAACGCCCAUUGAGGUGCUCUGCAAAGGGUACCCUUCUGAGUUCUCGACAUACCUCAACUUCUGCCGCUCGCUGAGGUUUGAUGACAAACCCGACUACUCGUACCUGCGGCAGCUCUUCCGCAACCUCUUCCACCGCCAGGGCUUCUCCUACGACUACGUCUUUGACUGGAACAUGCUUAAAUUUGGAGCAGCCCGAAACCCCGAAGACAUGGAUCGGGAGCGGCGAGAGCAUGAGCGAGAAGAGAGGAUGGGGCAGCUGCGGGGUUCAGCCACACGAGCACUGGCCCCUGGCCCACCUGCUGGAGCCACUGCCAACCGCCUUCGCAAUGUCACAGAGCCCAUGGCCUCCACCCCCACCUCCCGAAUCCAGCAGUCUGGAAACACGUCCCCCAGAGCAAUCUCCAGAGUGGACAGGGAGCGGAAGGUCAGCAUGAGGUUACACCGAGGAGCUCCUGCCAACGUCUCCUCAUCCGACCUCACAGGGCGGCAAGAAGUGUCACGGAUUUCAGCGUCACAGACAAGUGUGCCAUUUGAUCACCUUGGGAAGUGAGGAGCAAUCGCCACUGGACCAGUGUUUGCUUAGUGUCUUCACUGUAUUUUUCUUUUAAAAAACAAAAAAUCCAAAAAAAAAAAAACCAAACAAAAAAGUAAAAAAAAAAAAAAAGAAUCAUACAAAAAAAAACACAAGAAAUGAACGAUUUUUUUCUUUUUGCCAACGACGAGGAGUCGAGCUGUGCCCCCGUGCUGGCGCAAGCCAUUUCCGAGAGGGCCGCCUGCGUCCCCCAGCGCGAGCACCUCCGAGGAGCUGAUGACGCGGGAGCCGUGCAGAAACACCUCCGCUGCCCCCCCGGGCCCUACUGUUGCCUACCCCGUACCCUCUCCUGAUUUAUCUGCUCCUGGUUUUCUUUUUUUUUUUUUCCCCCCCUUCCCCUUUAGGUAUCUUCUGCUUUAUUAUUUUUUUUAAUCGUUUUCAAGUCAUAUGGUUUCUAGCCAUAUACGUUUUAACUUUGCUCUCCUUUUUCUCCGAGGGCAGGGGGUGGGGGGCUUUGUUUGCUCUCUUUGUUUUGUUCUCUGCAGGCGCCUGGUGGGCUGGGAGGAAUCAGAUCCCAGCCACGCUGGAUGGUGGAAGUCUGAUUUUUUUUUUUAUUAUUAUAACAGAAUUUAUUUUCUCAAGCAUUAAAUUAAUUUUAAGCUGUGAGGGGAAUUGUGGCAACGGGCCUCAUCGUUGACUCGGGCUUCCUUUCCUUGGGUGGCUUCUCUGCGUCUUUUUUGGGCUGUCGGGGAGCGCCAGCCUUCCCCGCUCUGAGCGGUCCUCACGCGCCGAGGGGUCUCGGCGUAGGGGCACCCGGCCACAUGGAGGAUGGGGAGGCAGGAGCUGGCGUACCGGGAGAUGAGAACCCACCUCCCAUCCUGCAGCGGGGUCUGUCUUUAUUUUUUUUUCGUCUGGCUGUGUGUGUUUUUCUAUUUUUUUUUUUGUAUUUUAAUUAAAACUUGUUUUAAAUUCCCGCGGAGAGAGCGUGGGACUCGAGAAGAGAGGGGUACGCAGAAACUGGAGAGUGUGGUGUUCGUUUGGAGCGGUGCCUCUUGCUCUCUCCUUCCCUCUUGCAACCCCAAGUAAGAUCCACCGUAUGUGCACAACCCCUUCCUGCCCUCUCCCCCUUCCUUCCCUCUCCCCCCCCCCCACUUUAGUUGUUUUUAAAUUUAAUUUAGGAAUCCUCAAGCUGCUUGGUGCCGCUUGGGGCUUUGAAACACAAGGAUCACCACUGCGACCUAUGGCCUGUAGCAGACACACUGUCACUGGAGUGUGGAGCCGAUGGGUUGUUGGCAGGGCGGGGAGGGUGGGGUUAGUCUUUUUGUUUGUUUGUUUUUAUCCUUUCUAUUUAACACUUUGUUUUUUUUCCUCCCUUGUUUUUUUUCCUAAUUUAUUUACCCUUCUUACUGUCUCUCUUCUCUUUUUUUUUUUUUUAAUUAAAGAGCAAAACUUUUUAUUACUUUGUAAUUUAAAAAAAGAAACAAAAAAAAAACCUGAAGAACUUUGGGGGGGAUUUUGUACUUUUUUCCUGUGUAAAUAUUGGACUUUUUUGAGCUUUAUCGUGGUUGUUAAUUUGAAGUAAUAAAGUAGAAAAUGAUAAA